CCACCUCGAAGGGGUUAAUGCAGCCUUCCCAGAAUCCCGCGGGGUGGGCAAGAUGGCCCCUUCCAGGAGCUCGUGGGGCUGCUCCUCGAGAGUAAACCUCUUUUCCGCCCGCUAGGCUGGAAGCCGCUGUGGUUGUUGCUGCCGCUCGAUUGCCUAGAGAUGGGCCCACUGCAUUUUUGCUUUCUUCCAGAUAUGACCAUGGAGACGUGGGACAGCCUCUAUGCUCACCUGGCCUUCUUGUGGCUGAACAGAUUCUACUUGUACUCUGGAGCCGUGUUUGGGAUCAGCCUUUGGCUCUGCAUCCAGUUUGUCAGUAAGACCAAAAAGCAGAAUAGAAAUCGACUCAGAAAAUCAAGCCUUCCCCAAAUUGCUACAGAAAGGCUUGCAGGAGAGCAGAAAGGCCCCAGCAUUGACAAAGUCCAUGUCACUGGGGUGAAGAUUUUUUUUGGUUCUCAGACUGGAACAGCAAAGAGAUUUGCGUCGAUACUUGCUGAGGCUGUCGCCUCCCUUAACUUGCCUGCCGAAGUCAUCGACAUGAAGGACUAUGACCCCGACGACUGUCUAGGAGACGAGACAAGCAGCAAGAACAUCUGCGUGUUCUUAGUUGCCACUUACACAGAUGGGAAGCCGACAGAGAAUGCCGUGUGGUUCUGUAAGUGGCUAGAAGAAGCAUCCAGUGACUGAGUCGGCAAAACGUACCUGAAGGGCUUGAGAUAUGCCGUCUUUGGCCUGGGGAAUUCUCUCUAUGCCGAUCACUACAACACCGUGGGCAGGAGCGUGGACAAAUGGCUGUGGAUGCUAGGGGCCCGGCGGGUCCUAUCCUGUGCCCUGGGGGAUGCCAAUGUGGUGAAGAGCAAGCAUGGGAGCCUGGAGGCUGACUAUGAGGCCUGGGAGGCCAAGUUCCUGGCCAGGCUCCAGGCCCUCUGCAGAGGGGAGAAGGCGGCCUGCGGAGGGGAGUGUAAGAAGGGCAAGUGCCACUCCAAGAGGAAGGCUGGGCAGGAGACAUCGUUGGAGCAGGAGCAGAGAGAGGAUGUGGCGGAGGAGAAGCUUUUUGAGACCACGAGUGAAGAGGAUUCUGGCAGUGAAGAGGGAGAGGGUGCCAACCAGAUGGUGGAUGUGGAAGACCUGGGCAGGGUCAUGGGCCACAUGAAGAAAGCCCAGAGAGAUCAUGAGCUCGACCGAGAGGUUGAGAGGACGGGGCGGCUCCAGCGCAGAGGAGAGGAUGCCUUGAGGGAGAUGAUCACGCCAGCUUUGCGGGAUGCCCUCAUGAAACAAGGCUACAGGUUGAUCGGGAGCCAUUGAGUGAAGCUCUGUCGGUGGGACAAAUCGAUGCUACGUGGGAGAGGCGGCUGUUACAAGCACACCUUCUAUGGCAUUGAGAGCCACCGCUGCCUGGAAACCACUCCCAGCUUGGCUUGCGCCAACAAGUGUGUCUUCUGUUGGAGGCACCACACAAACCCUGUGGGCACAGAGUGGCGGUGGAAAAUGGACCCUCCCGAAAUGAUCUUGCAGGAGGCCAUUGAGAACCAUCAGAGCCUUAUCAAGCAAUUCAAAGGCGUCCCGGGCGUGAAGAACGACCGUUUUGAAGAAGGGAUGGAACCCAAGCACUGUGCCCUGUCUCUUGUUGGGGAGCCGAUCAUGUACCCCGAAAUCAACCAUUUCCUAAAGUUGCUCCAUCGCAAGAACAUUUCAAGCUUCCUAGUUACAAAUGCACAGUUCCCCAAGGAAAUCAGGAGCCUCGAACCUGUGACGCAGCUCUAUGUCAGUGUCGACGCAGGCACCAGAGACAGCUUGAAGAAGAUCGACCGGCCUCUCUUCAAGGACUUCUGGCAGAGGUUUCUGGACAGCUUGCAAGCCUUGGCAGAAAAGCAACAGCGCACCGUCUAUCGGCUCACGCUGGUGAAAGCCUGGAAUGUGGAGGAACUGAAGGCCUACUCUGACUUGGUGUCUCUUGGCAAACCGGAUUUUAUCGAGGUUAAAGGUGUGACCUACUGUGGAGAAAGCUCAGCCAGCAACCUCACCAUGGCCAACAUCCCGUGGCACGAGGAGGUGGGGCACUUUGUCCAGGAGCUGGUCGACCUUCUCCCAGACUACGAAAUUGCCUGCGAGCACGAGCACUCCAACUGCCUCCUGAUCGCCCACAAGAAGUUCAAGAUCAGCGGGGAGUGGCACACCUGGAUCGACUACGAUCGCUUUCAGGACCUCUUCCGCCAGUACGAGCAGAGCGGGGGAGCCAAGACGUUCACCUCGGCUGACUACGUCGCCCCGACUCCUCAGUGGGCCGUCUUUGGGGCAAAGGAAAGGGGCUUUGACCCAACGGACACCCGAUUCCAACGGAAGAACAAAGCCAAGGACAUCUCGGGGUGUUGACACUCUCAAAACAACAGCACCCAGAACUCCUUUAAGAGCCACCGUCUAUAGACAAGCCUUCACCUUCCAGUUGGUUUGGACUACAGCUCUCAUCAUGCUGGCUGGGGGAUGAUGGGAAUUGUAGUCUCGAGAACGCCAGGUUGGUUUAAGAUCAUUUCAGGGAGAUUUUAGCAUUUACAUUAGCCUCGGAAACCUUUGCAAGGAGGUCUUUGAUAAUCACCAGACAAAUCUGAGGCGGGUUCUCAUCUUCUACUCUACUCACUGAUGAGCAAUGUGCUUUUGAAGAAGCAGGCAAGAGCAAUUUGUCAUUUUUGAGCAAAAGGUAACCCUGAAAACUUUGUGCCUCUCACCCCUCCCCAAGCGGGGGCAAUAACUUCACCUCGUUCUGUUUGCAGUCCUGGAAACCCAGUAUUGCCUUUUUGCCUUCUCACUUGAUCCCUUCGGUGUGGUCAGAUUCCAGAUUCCAUGGGUUUGUGUGUGCGAAAUUCGCACCCCUGAACAUUCCCCAGUUGCAUCUCCGCGGGUGAUUUUUGCCCCAAGUUUUAUACAGCACUGUGGGGUGGAGCGGAGGUAGGAAGAUCACGGACCCCACCCAAACGAACCUUGACAUGCUUUUGUUCUUCCGGAUUGUGGGUGGUGGAGUUUGUCCCAAAGGGGGCUUGGGCGUCUCUCCAGACCUGGGCCCUGCAGGAACAUGAGGGAACUGUGUUUCUGGUGUCACGCCUGAAGCAAGAAGCCAAACCCUUGAACUCUGUGCUACCUUUGGGGUCUCUCUUCUUUGGGUAACCUGGCUCAGCUGCCAGGAAACAGAAAACAAAGUUGCCUUAAACUUGGGUGCUGGCAGCUUAUCAAAGGUCUGUCUCGCUUAACUGGAUUCUGCCACACUUGAUCUGGUUUAACCACCACAGUGUGCUUACACUAUGGCAACGUUCACCCCUUCAGUUUAGAGCAGCCCUACAUUUAGAGCCAUCUGAUACUGCUUUAAACUAGCCAUGGCUUCCCGCAAAGCAUUCUGGGAGCUGUAGUUUGUGAAGGGUGCUGAGCGUCCUUAGGAGACUCCUGUUUCCCCUUAGAGAGCUAUAAUUUGCAGAGUCCCCAGGGAAGGGAGAAUUGACCAUUAAACAAAAAGCCUCAACACCCUUAACGAACUACAGCUCCCAGGAUUCUUUGGGGGAGGGAGAAGCCAUGACUGUUUAAAAUGCUUUAAAUAUAUGGUGUCAAUGUGGCCUCAGUCCGUUGCUCCGCUUGGAAUUCUGGGUAUUGUAGUUUUGAGUGAACCUCUGUAGAAGCUUUCCACAGGACUCGUUUCUGGCUCCCAUAGGGAGGAGGGAGCUUGCUUCUGUCUGUGUUUCAGACAAGCACCGCCUGAAGUGACAAACCUGAGCAGGGGAAAAAAUGCUUUCCUGUGCUUCUGGUAGACGAGAUGGAUUUUGGAACAUUUCUUUGUUAAUGGAGGUCAUUAUAUAUUUCCUCAUACAGAAUUGUAAUUGGCUGCACAGAUUUCCCAGUAAGUUGCCUUAGGCUGUGCUGCAUUAAUGUAAAAUUCCCCUUUUGGCCGAAGAGAUCGAAUAUCUGUGGCUACAACCAUAGGACACUCGUGUGUGGGUCAGGGAACGUUUUUGAAACAUUUGCUUCAGUUGCUCAGGCACUGGAAGAGGCAAGCAAGUUUUAAAUGGAAUAACAGUUCCUUGCUUGUUUUGCCAGGGGGUGGGGCUACCACAGGAAAUGUUUGGACUCUGGGCCUGAUUUGGCCCACCAGGCCUCUCCCAUUCACCCUAUGAGGCCAUUCCAGAUGAGCCAUGCCCAUUUGAUGUCAGUAAAUGAUGCUGCUCCCUGCUGAAGGCGCGAUUUGUAGGCACCGCCCAUCAGCAGAUCAUCCGCAGCAGCCUGUUCCUUUGCUUGUGGGGUUUGAUUUCAAACCACUCGGGCAAAGUAAAAUGAGCCACCUAAUGCCAUUGAGGGGGUGGCCAAAUCCAGUUCCUGGGGCUGCAGUAAAAACUAUUAACCCA